AUGGCGGGACCUUCCAAUGCUGAAUGUCAUAUCGCUGUUGUUGAGAUUAUAUGUACGGAGCACCUUCAGCGGACGCUUCUGAUGUGUGAUGAGGCAACUGCAUUUCAACGUGUUGUGUCCGAGCGUGUUGCUGCCAGUGGUGGUAAAUGGACAUUCGAGCAGUACGAUUUCAUGUUGCGCCACGUUGUUGGUGAUGGUGAUGGUGAUGCGCGCAAUUGCAGGAAUGAACAUUUAUUGGCACUCCUUAGGGAGGCGGGAGGGGAAAGGUGUUGGGGUGGGAUUACUGCGGCUUUGCGGCGUCGAGAGGAAUUCAUGCAAAAGGAAGGGUUGCUGCUUCGCCGCAUAGCGGUGGCCGCGAAGGGAAUUAGACGUUCUGGUGCAUCUUUGUAUCCGUGGUGUGAAAACCAACUUUAG